AUGUUUAACGCCGUUACUUUUUUUCUUACUUUUGUUUGUAUUCAUUGUUUCUUUCUUUUAUUCUUUCUUUCUUUCUUUUCUUUCUCACCUUUUUCGCUUUUUCUUUUCUCUCUCAUAUUUUUUCUUUUUUUAAUUUGUUCCUUUCUUUCGCUAUUUCUUUCAAUUUUUUCUUUCAUUUUUUUCCACAUUCGCGUUAACUCGUUUUUUUUCUUUUUAACCGUUUCUCCUCUUUCUUCUUUCUUUAUUUUUCUUUCCACUUCUUUUUUUCUUUUUCUAGAACAUUCUGGUUCUUGCUUUUUUUCUCUCUCUUCUUUCUACUUCCUUUUCAUUUUUCUUUUUUUCCCUCUAUUCUUUCUCUCCUUUCCAAACCUUUCAUUUUUUUCCUUCUUUUCGCUUCUUUCUUUCUUUCUUUCUUUCUUUCUUUCUUUCUUUCUUUCUUCAUCCGUUUUUCUCUUUCUACCUAAUUUUCUUUUGUCUCAUUCUAUUUUUCAUUCUUUCUUUCUUUCCCCUUCGCCUUCUUACGCUCAUAUUUCUUAUUUCUUCUUUUCCUUCUUUUUCUUGGUUACCUCUUCUUUCAGCCAUCUUAGCUUCCUAUUCUUCUCUACGUUUUCUUUCUUUUUCCUUUAUUUUCGUUCUUCUAUAUUUGUAUUGUUCUUUUUUUUCUUUUUCUUAACUGUUUACUUUAUCGCUCCUCUUCCUCUUCUUUUUGUAUUUCUUUCUUGUGUCCCUUCUUCCUUUCUUCACUUCAUGCCUAUCUUUCUUUCUCUUCAUUGCACAAUGCCUUUCUUUCUUUCUUUCUUUCUUUCUUUCUUUCUUUCUUUCUUUCUUUCUCUUCAUUACCCAAUGCCUUUCCUUUCUUUUUUUUUUCAUUUUUUGUCUUUAUUUUUUCGAUUCGUAUUGUAUUUUUCACUGCUGCCGUAUUUUCUCCUUCUUCUUUUUUACCGCUUCUGUUCUUUUCACCCACUCUACCUCUCUUAUUCACUAUCUGCUCUUUUCUUAACCACUUUCAGUCUUUCUUUCCCCCUUUUCCUUCAUACGUUCAUAUUUUUUUCUUUCUUCUUUUCCUUCUUUUUCUUGGUUACCUCUUCUUUCAACCUGUUCGUAUUUUCUUCUAUUUUUUACUGCUCCUGUACUUUCUCUUCAUUAAUAAUGCCUUUCUUUCUGUCUUUCUGUAUAUUACCCAAUGACUGCCUUUCUUUCUUUCUUUCUUUCUUUCUUUUCUUUCUUUCUUUCUUUCUUUUCAUUGCCCAGUGCCUUUCUUUCUUUCUCUUCAUUUCCCAGUGCCUUUCAUUCUUUGUUGGUUUCUUUCUUUCUGACUCUUCAUUGACCAAUGCCUUUCUUUCUUUCUUUCUUUCUUUCUUUCUUUCUUUCUUUCUUUCUUUCUUUCUUUCUUUCUUUUCAUUGCCCAAUGCCUCUCUUUCUUUUUCUUCAUUACGCAAUGCCUUUCUUUCUUUCUUUCCUUUCUUCUUUCUUUCCUUCUUUCUUUCUUUUUUUUUUUCUUUUUUCUUUCUUUCUUUCUUUUCAUUGCCCAGUGCCUUUCAUUCUUUGUUUGUUUCUUUCUUUCUGACUCUUCAUUGA